AUGGACCGCUUCUUGAGUACCGUGGGAAACCUGCUUCCCUACCACCUCAUGUCAUAUGGGGCUUUGCUGGGAACAGAGCUGUACCAGAAGGUGAAAGAGCAUACUACUGACUGGCCUGGGAAGAGUUUUGUCAACACCAAGAUCUGCUUUCAGGCGCUCCCAAUGCGCGAGUUCAUCGUCUUGCAGAAGCGUAUAUUCCCUGUUUAUUUCGGUUGCCAAGUCGGCCUCACAGCUUUAACAGCAGCGACCUAUCCUCCAUAUAGUUUGAUUUCAUUGGUGAAGGAUCCGUGGGGGAUCACGUCACUCGCCGUCGUUCUGGUCACUGGGUCCUUGAAUUGGUUUGUCUUUGGACCCAGGACAACAACAACGGCUCUAGAGAAGUCUACAAAUGCUGAAGUUGGAGAAGAAACUGCAGAGAGCCAAGAAAAUCCAGGAAGUGUAGACGAUGGAAAAGCUCAUCGAGCAAAUCGCAACUUUGCUCGCAACCACGCCAUGUCGAUUCACCUGAAUGCCAUCGGCCUCAUUGCGACCGUCUGCUACGGCUUCUCACUGGCCUCGGGUCUUUCAAUGCGCACCUAG